AUGGACAAGCAAGAUCUUAUUCUUGAACAGCACAUUCAAUUGGAGAGCAGGGAUGAAAUCGGUGCUCGUAUAAAAGCGCUAGUUCCAUUUUCUGCAAUGAUCCAUCAGGAUGUUGCACAGUUGGUAUCUUCGCCAUCCUUCUCGGAUGCCGAAAAUACGAGUGGAUUGAAUAAAGCGCUCGAGGAUGGCCCUCGACAUACUGGGAUGGUUUCGGGUCCUGAUCUGAAUCAGAUCAGAGAAGAGGAGAGACGUCUUGAGCGUCUCGCAAAGGAAAGGAGUUCAAAGUCAGUGACUUCGAAAAUGCCGCCGCCACCACCUCCUCCUCCAAGCGAUGACCGGCCGUCAACGUCUGCCGACGCUGGACUGCCGCAGUUGGAGAAGAAGGUGUUUCGACGACAGCCUGUCGAACAGGCCGCACAAUCUGAUAUUCAGAUUGUUUCACCCGUGCCAGGUCAUCCACCGGCACCGGUAGCAUCAUCAACACCAGAAUCGGUCCUUUCGGAUCGAGCCAAUUCGGUGUUAGGUCCGCCGAAUGAUUCGGUUGUGUCUUUCGGUGAUUUCUUGCCUGUUGACAUCAACGACAUCAACAUUCAUAAUCUUCUCCUCAAAGAAGAUUAA